AUGAAAAGUUAUCGGGAAUAUGUUUGCUUGCUUUUGCGAGUAAUUCCUUUUGUCACGAAUUGCCUCGCGGAAAAUCUGAUACUUAACAUAAAUGUCAAGAAACUGAUUGCAGUAACCGAUCACGCAUUUCUCAGUUUCACUCUGGAUCCAGCAACAUUGCAGUACAAUGACUUUAUCAAAAAUAUUGAGAAAAGCACGAAUUUGGCGCGAGGGUUAGCACCUGCUUACAUCCGCCUUGGAGGACCACAAAGCAAUUUUUACAAUUUUGAACAAGUACAUUCGCACGAGGUUAAUACAGAUCCAAAUAACAUGCAUUUUGGAACGCAAUGGACAUUUAUUUAUCAAUGGGCAAAGAACGCCGGAUUAGAUGUAAUCGCAUGCAUCAGUCCUCAUUAUAUUGACAAAGAAUUGAAAACGGAUUCCACGGAUCCUAGGAAUAUAGCAGAACUUCUCUCUUUCAGCGAUCGCAUGGGUUACAACAUCAGUUGGCAAUUGGGGUAUGAAUGCCAGACGAGAUGCAACUUAUCUGGCGGAGAUCUAGGACAAUACGUCGCCAACUUGCACGAAAUACUGAAAACUUUUCCAAGAUAUUCUAAUAGUUUAAUCACGGGACCAGAUAUUUUAGCAUACAGAACAGCGUAUCAACAGAAAUACCUUCAGGAUUAUUUACAUUCGGCAAAUGCUGCGCUUUCUGCGAUUACAUGGCAUCCCAAUUUGGAUAGCGUUCCUUUAAGUGAUAAUAAUAUUUCGAUAUAUUAUGAUAACCUGAUUGCCGAAAAAGAUGAGUUGUACAAAAUCAUUAAUCACGUAGGAAAAAAACCAUUAUGGAUUGUCGGUCGUGAAGUUUUGGAACUAAAGCUUCAAUCCAACAGUGAAAGUUACGUGCACUUUUACAGUCAAUGCACAAAACCGUCAGCGCUGUACGGUAAAGGAGCUGUUACGAUUUUCGGUAUAAAUUUAACACCGAAGACAGUGACUACUAGUCUAAAAGGUCUUAAAAUAAAAAUUCUUCACAAGUAUAUUCUAUUACCAGAGUUUGAAAUUGCAAAUAAAAUGAUUUCAGAGAAAGUUUUGUUGAAUAAUGAACCACUUAAUUUAAAAAACGAUAAAAAUUUGCCUGAUAUAUAUCCUGAAAUUAUUAUCAAUCCUGAUGGUCUUGAACUAGAACUGCCUUCUGGCGGCAUAGGUUUCUGGAUUAUACCUAAUGCAAAGGUAAAAGCUUGCACUUGUUCUGAAGAAGAAAUAAUCGGGGACAAUACAGUGAAGAAAUUAUCGAAACGGCAUGAAAAUAACAUUCAACAACUUAAUCAAGAAAAAGAAGAAGAUAUAAAUCAGUCAAAUUUAAAAAAUGAAAAGGUUUACGAUAAACAAGAUAAUGAAACACAACAAAACGUAGAAAAUAUAAGUAACAAAAAUCAGCAGAAAGCCUGGAGUUCUAAAUUACUGGACAAAAUGACAAAUUUUUUACAAAAAAGAUUACAAAAGAUAAAUAAAAAUGAUUCCUCGCAAAAAUCAGUCGUAUUUAAUUUGGAAGAAAAAAAAAAAUCGUCUGAAGAAAUAGAAGAACAACAAAAUUUAGACUCAAAAAAGUUAAAAAAAACGGAAAUUGAUGAUAAGUUUAAAAAUAUUCAACAUUUAUUAAAUAAGUAUAAAAGGAUUCUAUUAGAGAAGAAGACUAUGAUGGAUACCAAAAAUAUUCAACUUUUCCAACUAGAAAUAAAAAAUAUUGAUAAUGUUAUGAUGUUAAUAUCAAAAAUUGAUGCUUUUAUCCUUUAUAACAUAACUUUAAAAGAAUCAGAUACGAGCGAAAUCAAACAUAAAACACAAAAUAAAGAAGAGCUAAUAAUUAAAAUAAAUAAAAAAUUAAAAGAAUAUUUAAGCGAAUUAGAGAAUUCAGUUGAAAUAAAGACAAAUAUAAUUAAAAAAAUAGAAAAAAAUUUCAAUAAACUUUAUAAUUUAUUAGAAUACAACGAUUUAACAAAGGACAACAAAAAUAGUCAAGUCUUUAAUCAUAAAGAUUUAAUGGAGCAAAAAAAAUUUAAAAGACAUUUGGAUAAAAAAUCGAAAAAUUCUCAAAAAAAUAGUAUACUUGAAAAACCUCAAAAAAAUAACUUAAAAGAUUAUGUGAUUAAACAGAAAAUACAACAGAAAAAUGAUAAUAAUAUAGAUAACGUAAAAAAAAAUUUUAUUAAUAGUAAAAAUAAAUAUGACAAUCCGCUUCAACGAGAUCCUGUUAAAAGAUUUUUCAAAAACGAUGCUUUUGAAAAUGCUAACCGCCAUACUAAUCAUCAACAUUUGGUUCAAGAAAAUAAUAAAAUAAAAAAUGACAAUAUCUGCAGAAAGUACUCUAAAAUUAAUGAUAUGGAAAAAUAUCAAAAUUUAAUACAAGAAAGAAUGAAGAGAGACAAUACCAAAAAAUGGGUUGAGACAGAUCUGAAAGAAGAUAGUGCAUCCAGGAAACACUCAAGAAUCGACGAUUUGACAAAUUACGUAAAUGAAAGAAAGAUGAAACCGAAAGACGGUGUUAGAAGGGAAUUAUUGCUUCCAUUUAAUCCAAGAAUUGAUAGCGAUGAAAAUAAUUUUUACGGUUUCUUUCGGCAAGAUCCUGUUAAAGGAUUCCCUGAGGGUGACAUUUUUGUGACUGCAGGAGAUUCAUUAGAGCAAACUGAUGAUGGUUACGAUUAUGUUAAAAAUGAAGAUAACAAUAAUAAUAAUGGUUUAAAGAAAAAGAAUACACAACAUAGUCAAAAAUCGACAUUAGAUCAUGCGAAAGAUAAUACUUGGAUUGAAGAAGUUAAAGAUGAUCAUUGCGAUUACACACCAAAUGAAUUCUUUGAAAAUAUACAAUCAUCUAAUAUAAAGAUACAAGAAAACUCCAAAAAUUAUGAUGAUCUAGGGGAAGCAGAAUUUCUUUCUGAAGUACAUAAUAACAAUAAUAAAAAUAAUAAUAAAAUUGCUAUCACAAAAAUUAUUCGAAAACAGCCACUUAAUGAAGAAAACGAAAAGCAUAUUAAAAAAACGAGAAUUCAACGGUUAGUUCACUACUACGAUGAUUUAAAAAAACAAGAAUUUAAUCGGGAUAAACUACAAUCAGCUUCAAGAUAUCCUUCGACGUCUUUUAAUCAUCUUCUCAAAAUACCAAAUUCCAAUAUUAAUUAUCAAGAGUCGAAUGUAAAAUUUGAAGGAGCAAAAUUGAAAAAGAAACCAGAAUCAAAAAUUUCAAAUUUUUUUUAUCCACCUUCUGAAGCUUCUACUAUCAGAUACAAUUAUAAUAAUAAUUAUCAAAUUUCAAAUAUGAAUUACGAUACAUUAAAAGAAAAAAAUGGCUUCGAUAAAGACAUAGAUAGUAGUGAUAAUGCAAAAAUAACUGAAUAUUCUAGACCUAAUCUGUAUGCAGAACAUUCUGUUUAUAAUAAUAUUUUUCAUAAUAAAAGAAAUAAAAGAAGUAAUUCGGAAGAGCUCCGAAAGAUUUUUGUUCAAGAAAUAGUUAAGGAAGACGAAGAAAACGCAAGAGAUUGUCAUUGCAGGAUCAUUCGAGCUUCUGAUUCGCCAAAGAAGCUUUACUAUCAUCGUAUGAAACGAAAUAUUUUAGUACCUACAGCCAAGGUUACAGAUACUUCUUUAGAAAAUACAAAUGAAAGUGCAAAUGUAGCACAAUUCCUAAAGGGUCUUACAACAGAAGAAGAGUACCAAGAAAUUAUGACAGGGGACAUACUUCCAAGUACAAGCGAUAUUGAGCCUGAUUAUGAAGAAAAUGAUAUAACUACUAAAUCUGUAAUCACGGAAUUAAGAAAAUUGAAUCAUAACUUGAGUAAUACAGCGCAUGAAGUUAAUAAUGCGAAGAAAUCUACAACUAAUCUAUUACCUGUAGAUUUAGAUUCAAAACUUUCUAUAAAUAAUAAUGAUAGUGUUAAGUACAUUACAGAGGAAACGUUUUUUCGUACCCAAGAUAUUCAAUCAGAAAACAAGACAAAGACGUAUGAUUCUCCACAAAUUAUUUCUAAAACUUUUUCAGAAAAUAAAAAUGUUCGGGAAGAAAUUCCUAUCUCAACUACUAACAACGCCCAAGAAACAAUCUACAAAAAAAUACAAGAACUCAACAAAAAGGAACCCGAUAGUUCAAUCUAUCCAACAAUCACCGAAGAUAAUAAAAACGAAGAAGGGAACAACAAUAAUUAUAAAAUUAGUUUGAAGUCAAUUAAUCCUCUCAAAGAAACAACAAAAGGAAUUGUCGAGCAAGUAACAAUGGAAACAAUUUUAUUAAAGCGAGCAGCAAGUACUGCAAUCGAUAACACAAAAUCGAAUGAAUUACUAAUAAAAUCAAAGUUACUACGAAACACACACAUAGAAGACAAUCAGAAUAGUGAAUCUGCUUGGAUACCAUUGGGGAAAGAUGCCAACAUGAGAAGAUUAAAGACUAAACUGCAAAAUCUUCCUCAAACAUCAUUAGGACUCACUAGAUACGAAAAACAUUUGACCAAACGCGCAGAGCAGACUGAUAUAAAGCUGAAAGAAAAAUUAUAUGCAAGACGGGAGAAAUUGUUGCAUCAAUAUCAAAAUAAGCUAACAAAAAUUGCUAACGAACAGAAAAGAAAUUUGAAGAGAAAAGAAGGCGAUGAUAAUUUUCGUCGAUUAAUAGAUAUAUUAGAUAUUCAUCAAGUUUUUGCAAAAUUGAAAUCUGGCAAAGCCCAACAUCAAGUUUCUAGAUUACAAGAAUACAUAAAAAAAUUGCCAAUCAAAGAUUAUUAUGAUCAGGAACGUACUAAUAGUACUAAUAAUCUAGAUAAACAAAAACAAUAUGAUCUAUCGAAGAAACUCCCAGAAUUUGCACAAGUCUGGUUGAUUUCUCUUAAUCGAAGGAAUGUCGAUCAAGCUAACAAUAAAGAAAUAAACAAAUUAAACGAUAUACAUAAAAAUUUUAAAGCAGAUAGAGAUAAUUUGAAUUCGACAUUUGCAAUAAAUGAAACAAUAGAAUUUAUAAAAAGUUUUGGAAUUGAAAGGAAGAUAGAAAAUAAAGAAUUUGACAGUUCUAAUGAUAAAAAAAGAAACAUAAUGCAUUCAGAAACAACUGAAGAUGCUGAAGAUGUAAAAACUAAAAAAUACGAAAACGUUGAAAUGACAAAGCAUGAAAAAAUUAAUGAGUCUUACAAUAUAAAUGAUAAAGUAGAAAAUAAUUUAAAUAUUACAAUGUUUAACAAUAAUAAAACAGUCGAACAUGUAAAAAAUAUUGAAGAUAAUGCUAAAGAGGAAGAACUUGGAAAAAAGAACUCACGAUUGUCGACAAUUCUACCCUAUCCAUCAUUAUAUAACGAUGAACUUAUAAAAGAUAAAUCAAAGAGAUCUCUGAUUUUAUUAAUGCCAGUAUCACAAACACAAAAUAAACAUGAAAAAUCAAAGGAAAUGGUUCAAAAAUCAAAGCGUUGCGGUACACAUAAAAAAAAUGGAUUUUUGUCAUCGACAAAAGAAAAUAAUACUACAGCAAACACAGCUGAUAAAAAUAUUAACGUGGAAACCUUCCAGAAAAAUUCAAAUAACCAUACUGUAAAAAAUACAAAAAACUCUCCGAAAAACUCAGCGACAUCAAAAAGAAUGGUAGUUAAUACAAAUGAAGAUAGAACUCUUUCACCGUUUAAGGAUAAUCUAAAUGCGAAGGAUAUGGUUAUAAAUUUGAAAUUUCCAGAAAAGACAAAGAAAUGCAAUACAGAUAAAUAUAUUUGUCAUUGCGAAGAAGAGAAUUGUUCUUCUAGCUCAUCCAAAGAAAGUUCUUCAGAAACAUUAGGUUCCUCCAGAGACGAACCUAAAAGAAUAAAUCAUCAAGAAAGACUAACAAAACAUGAAAACGCGAAAACAAAUAUCUUACAACAACAAUCGCCAAACUUAUAUUAUGAAAAUCCUUAUAAAUUACCCUUUUCUAAUUUAAUCAAUUAUUUCCCAAUACAACCUUAUUCAGAAAAACUAAAUGUCCCGCCUGUACCAGUCCUAUAUGGAAUAACGCCAAAUGUUUUAUCUCACAUGAUUAGAAAUAAAGGAAAAUAUAUUGAUGUCGGAAUUCCUUUUAUUCCAUUUCAGGGCGAACCAAAUAAUUAUCUAGUUAGAAAUAAUCAAUAUCAACCGAUUAUUCAUAAAAAACCGUGCAUUUGCUCACCUAUAAUAACCAAUUCAGCUGAAAGUUCCAUGUCAGUUACUAAUUCACCUUCAACAGAUUAUGUUGAUACGACAACUAAUAAGGAAAUAACAAAAGAUCUUGAGUCAAACGAUCCAAUUGAUAUCACUGAAGAAGAUCAAGAACAUUCUCCUGAAUUAACCACAGGAGUUUCAAAUGUAGAUACAUCAACCGAUUCAGAAGCAGAAACUAAUUUAAAUUUGACUGAUGCAGCAGAAGAAGAUAACACUGUAAGUCCUUCUAAUUUAAAUAAAAUUGUGCAGAAAUCAAAAGAUUUUACCAAACAAACGGAAAGAAAUCUAGAUGAUUCUUCUAAAUUAACGACAUAUUCAGCAGAUAAUGUUGAUACGAACAGGGAACCUUUCGUUACCUACGAUAUAACAAAUGGUGGAAAAUUUAUAAAUAUAGACGAAUGCAUAAAACUAUUUGGUCGCGAUGUGUGCGUACUCAGUGCAAUAUCACCAAAUAUACUUUCUAAACAGGCACAAGAAAAUAAUCCUAACAAAUAUACUACGAUUAGAAUUCCAGAAUAUGCCACGCAAAUAUCCUCUAGAGAAGACAUUAAUCAUUCAGAUAAACUCGAAGCGACUGAUCCGUACUUUGGAUCGGAGUCAUCCACUAAUAAAAUUAAUAAAUCAAAUAUUAAUGAAUAUCUUGAUUCAACAAGUAUAAAAUCAAAUGCUGAUAUUGAUGAAGAUUCUUUGCGUGAAUUUCAUCCAGAAUCUACGAAACAGAUUUCUAAGUCAAAUAUCAAUCAUGAUAAAAAUACACCACUUAAUACUGUAAAAAAAUCACAUGCUCUAAUGAAGAAAUUGAUGGAUCCGCGCGCGACAAUUGAUAAAACUACGACGGAAAAAAGUAAAUUGUUAGGAAAAAGUAAAAGUCAUAAAACUAAAUUAUUAUUAAAUCCAAGUGAUGAGGAAACAGUAAAUCCAACAUCAAGUGAGAAGUUCCUUUAUUCUACUCCUUCAUAUAAAUCUAAGAGUGGUAAAGUAAAUAAGUCGAAAGUUAAUCAACAGAAUCAGAUAACAAGUACAAAAUCUAAUUCAAGUACUUCUCAAGAAGAGACAACAACAGUUAUUAAUUACGACUCUAAAACCGAUUCUAAAGAGCAAGAUAAAAACUAUCUAAAAGAAUCAAAUGCGGAUAUUUAUUCUGAAAAGGAAAUCCCUCAAGAACAUUUUGAAGAAGAAACUACAACUUGCUCUAAUUUUAAAACUACAGAUAAUUUUACAGAGGAAACGGAAAAAGAAAUAAUAGGAAUAGAAACUAGCAUCAAGCCAGAAGAGAUUUCUCAAGAACAAUUUACGACAAUGCAUUAUUUUGACGAUAAAAAAUCAAAUAAUUUAAACAAGAAAGAAAAUAUCACCAAUAAUAUCAAAACGACUGAUUUAUCAAUAAAUAAACUACCAUUUUGUGAUAAUACCUUGCUUUUAAAUUCUAUUAGGAAGGUCAUUAAUGACUUUACGUUGGAUACUCGUUUAGCAAAAACAAGAGAUUUUGAUGAAAAUAUUCUUCAGACGCAAGGUCAAAAUUUAUUGCCAGAAAUCUUGCAAAUUCCAAAUCUCAAUGACAUCUUGUUGUUGCCACAGAUAGAAAAUACAAUUUUAGAAAAGGUAAAAAAUGUUUUAUCCUACGUCACAGCUAUUCCUAGAGAAGCUUUCACAAACCAGUGGUCGCAUGGUGUAAUUACAAAUACUCUACACAGUAUAUUAGAUGCACUUUCUGGUUUUCAUCACAAACUUCCACCGAUGACGCUUGCAGAACAUCAAUUUAAAGAUGGACAAUGGAAGACCAAUUUAGUGACUUUAGCUCCAAUUUUAGAUCAAAAGUUAUCGAUAGCAGCACCGACAAAUUUGCGUAAGAUCAUCAAAGAUCUUUUAAGCUCUCCGGCAAUUGCAUCGCAAAUAAAUCAGGAUAUCGUGCGGAACAUAAUUGUACAAAGCGUGAAAAAUAAUUUAACUAACGAUGAAGAUGAUAAACUAGAUAAUUUAAUAAGUCAUGAACUAAAUGACAUUCUCCAAAUGUUCAAAAAUUCAGAAGAUACUUAUGCAUUAGGAGAAAGCAGUGAAGUUAUUAGUGACGAGACAGAUACGGACACGACUUAUAUGCAAGAAAUAGUAACAAGUAGUUACGAACUAGGAAGAAAAGUUGAUAAUUCAAUAUCAAAUAGCAAACAGAAUGUUGAUGUGAAACAAAAAGAUACAAAAAUAAACAAUAAAGAAACACGUACCAAUCAGAAAGCUAAGAAAAUAUUAAAAAAUAAUGCAAACAUAUUGACUACUUCUGAAUUUCCACAAUUAUUACAAUUAUAUGAGAAAAAAGAAAAAGAAGAAUCAACAAACGAAGGCAAAAUAAAAGAAGAUAUUAGAAAUCAAAUUUUAAAGAAGAUAGGUGGACAAAAUGAUGCAGAAAAGAAAAUAGCUGAGUCACUAAAACCCAAAAUAAUUUAUCACAAAGCUAUAUUACAUAAUAAUCUAAACCUAUUGGAACCAAAUUCAACAGAAGCUGAACAAUAUAUAAAAAAUCAUCCCAUCGAUAAAGAAAGUAAUAAAGAAACAACAACGAUUACAAAUUUUAUGCAAGAAACACCCAAUUACGUAUCGGAUAACAAAAUUUUAGAAAAUAUAGCAGGAACUAAGGAUAUGGAAGAAGUAAAUACAUUAAAUAAAAAUACUUUAACUACUACAACUGAUAAGAUUGAUCCACUAAUAAUAUUAGAAAGAAUUAAAUUUAAUUUUCCACCAAUAAAGUAUUAUUCGCCUGAAAUUUUAAAAUAUGCAACAAAUCGUAUCGAUGAUAAAAAUGUUGAAAUUACGACAGCAUCUACAAACAUUGUACAAAAACCUUCAUCCAAUUAUGCACAAGACGACACUCUAUUACAAAAUACAACAGAAACUAAAGAAGAAAACGAAACAGAAUUCGGUCUAACUACUACAUCUGGUAAUUUAAUUUCAUCCACAAAUGGAGAAUAUAAACCUACAAUUAUUUCUUUAACAGAUAAUAUUUUAGAGCCGCAACAACACAAUUUCACAGAAAAUAACAUUAAAAUUCACGAAGUUACUACGGAGAUUCAAAGAACUUACGCAAAAACUAAGUACUUCAAGGCAGGGCUUUCUGGUGAUGAUAGUUCAAGAAUUAGUCAGCCUUCAUUAGCUGGUGAAACUGCAAAUAUACGUAUAAAUAAUGAUAAUGAAGACAGUAAUGGCAAUAGCAAUAACGAUAAUAACAAUCUAAUUAAUGAGAUGAAUAAUACUGAAGAUGUCAUAAAAGCAAAAAAAGUGAUCGUUUCUUCUUCUAAAUUAUCUGCCGUAAACGAUAACUACUCUUCUGAGUUAUUUCCUUCAUCAAUUGCUCCUGAUAAUAUCUUGGAACUUCAGAGAUCGCAACUUUAUUACAUCAAUAAUGGCGUAAGACUACCGCUAGAAAUAAAGAGAUUGGAAGAUGGUUCUUAUGCAUUAAUGAUCUCCAAAAAUAUAUGCGAGCAAAUUCUAACAAGAAAAUGUCCCUGCUGCGUACCGCUGCAAGGACAUAUAGUUCGAUUAUUAAAAAAUCAACAAGAAGAUAUGCAUGCGAUGACAACAAGUAUGAAAAAAAAAGAUCGAGAAAAUAUAUUAGGAAAUAACAGAUAUCAGUUUCAACCAUUUAACGCAGUGACGAGGAAAAGCAUCCUAAAGGAACAAAAAUUAAAGAAUAAAGAAGAAAAAGAAAACAGAAUUAACGAGCAUUACUUAUGGAAACAAAAUGAUGAUAAUCUCGCAAUGAUUUCAAUGCCCGUCAUCAAUUUCGCAAAAAAAUAUAAUUUAUCGCUUGAUUUCAAUAAAGAAAAAAUAUUAUUAAAUAAAACUGAGUUGCAAAACAAAAUACAGAAUUAUAAUAACCCAAUAAUAGAAUCCAUGGAAGAAAUUGAACAUCAAUCAGAAAAAAAGAACGUUAAUAAUUAUGACAAUAUAAAAAAAGAUGGAUUAUCGGAUGAAAAUAAUAUUGACGCAAUUGAUAAAUUUUCAGAUUUGAUAAAUUCGCGCAAGAAAAAGAAUAUUCCGAAUAUGAAUUUCCCAAUACUUCCCAUUACUCAAAGAAUUUUUAAUUUUGGAAAGAAUUCUAAAGAAUUUGAAGUACGAAAGGUAAAUGCAGAAAUGAAUCAGUCGAAAGUAGAUCAAGAAUUAAAGCUAACUGAAGUUGAAAAUACAAACAAUGUUCAAAAUACUGUACAGAAGAUAAAUUUCAAGAAUCAAGGGAACCUUAUACCUAAAGAAAUUAAUAUUUCCGAAGACUCCAAGAUAAGCAAAGAAGAACAAAAAUGGGACAAAUUAUUGGAUAUUGCUGAAGAAAAUUUUAGAGGAAAUAUUGAAAAGACAUACAGAUAUCAACGAAAUGCGAAUGACGUUGAAAAUAAAGGAACAGAAUUAAUAAAAUCAAUGCUUUAUUGGCUCAAAGGACUUUUCGUAGAUAGUUAA